AUGGGCCUCUUUUCAUCUAGUAGACCAGCACCUGAAACCGUCCCGAGUGACCGUAUAAUCCCCCUCAGUCUCUGGGAUGACCAGGAUUAUGCACGUGCAAUCAGCCUUGAUAUCACCCUCACAUUUAACGACGUGCUAGACCCAGAGAAGCUACGGGAUUCUCUAGACAUCCUUCUGCGAAAGAAAGGAUGGCAGAAAUUUGGUGCAAGGUUGAGACGAAAUAAGGACAAAAAAUUAGAAUAUCACAUUCCCGAGCAGUUCGACGAGAAGCGCCCUGCGUUCCUGUUUAGCAUAGAAAGGCACGACAUGACUCUAGCAGAGCAUCCUCAACUUUCAGCGUAUGCUUUUGGAGAGCUUGACAAACCCACAUUACUUGGCCCCUUUGACCCUGUACGCCCAUAUCUACGUGCUGCAAACGCCCCCGAGCGUCUGGAUGACUGGCUCUACUCUGAUUCCCCCCAAUUAGCAGUCCACGUGGUCGUACUCAAAGAUAUGACCUUCGUGACAGUAACUUUUAUACAUCUACUCAUGGACGCUAUGGGAUUUACGGCGCUCUUGAGAGGCUGGACUGCUGUUCUACGCGGCCGAGAAGAUCAGAUUCCCCCGAUUGUGGAUGUCGAUGAGGAUCCUCUCGCGACUAUUCAUCAGAUGACACCUGCGUCUAGAUACGUACUUGCAGAUCGCUUACUGAAAGGUUGGGGAUUCAUUCUAUUUGUGAUCCAGUAUCUCUUCGAACUGCUCUGGUGGCGUCGAGAUGACGAGCGAUUGAUCUUCGUGCCAAAGAAAUAUCUGAAGGAAUUGCGCGAUUCUGCCCUUGCCGAACUCAACGACAGUCCCUCGCAAGAUACAAAACCACCAUUCAUCAGUGAAAGUGAUGUCCUUCUUUCAUGGUGGACGCGUGUUUUUAUCAAGGCACUCAAUCCAUCACCCAACAAACCGAUCACUCUGAUGAAUGUAUUCGACAUCCGUGGUAUCCUUGCAGAUAUGGGUCUUCUUCCUACAGCGGAUACGGCAUUGAUUGCCAACGUAACUUGGGGUACAAUUACCUUGGUAACUGCAGGGGAAAUUGUCACCAAGCCUCUCAGCCAUUUAGCUUCCCGGAUUCGACAUGCAAUUGAUACCCACCGUACCCCUGAACAAGUCCAAGCUAUCGCAGCCAUGCAUAGAGAGGCCCUAGAAAAGACCGGUCAGCCAGCCCUAUUUGGCGAUGCAGGAACCAUGCUUUUCACUUGUUCAAACUGGCAUAAGGGAAAGCUAUUUCAAAUGGACUUCUCGCCAGCAGUAAUCAAAACAAAUCCCUUUCAAUCUGGGCGGGCAAACCUCCCAGGCAGACCUUUACUGGUUUCCGCCACGGGAAAAUUUGUUGGAUUUUCCGCUCGCAAUUCGCUUGCUGUUAUGGGUAAAGAUGCUGCUGGCAAUUGGUGGAUGAAGAACGUCUUACGGACCAGCCUGUGGAGUCGUAUUGAGGAACAAUUUGGUACGACAUGAUUUC